AUGUGGAGACGAUCGUUAAAUUAUGGUUUAGUACCUCUCAUGAGUCUCCUUAAAGGAACCACAAUCAUCAGAUUCGCUUCUAAUCUCGGCGAUCGACUGAAGACAUUGAACGAUAGCAAACAAUUCCAACAGGCACUUCAACUUUUUCAUCAACAUCAAAAAAACAAUACUGAAAUUCUGUCCAGUUUAACGAUCACACAAGCUCUGAAGGCGUGUACUCAUCUAAGAGAUAUUCAAAGUGGUAAAGCGAUCCAUGCUCUUGUUACAUCACGCACCAAAGAUGAUCAAUACAUAGUAACAUCACUCAUCCAUAUGUACAUGCAAUGUGGUGACAUUUCAAGUGCUGAAACAGUGUUUCAUGCUACGGAGACAAAAGAUCCAUCUAUGUACGGUGCGAUGAUGAAAGGUGACUUAUUUCAUGUGCAAGAAACACAGAAAGCAUUCGAAGUUUUUCAUGAAAUCCAAACACCGAGUGAGGUGAAUCUUAUUGUAUUCUUCCAAGUUUGUGCCGUUCUGAAGACGCAACCAGCAUUGGACGCCAUGAAAAAGAUGUUACAGCAAACGCCAACAAAUUUCCAUUCAAAUCAUCGCCUGGUUACAUCGUUAUUGAAUGCAUUGGUGGAAUGUGGAGAUGUAGAGCACGCUGAGAAGAUAUUCGACACAAUAAAUGCAAAGCUACUUCCUAUGUACGGUGUGAUGAUGAAAGGUUAUAUUGCAAUUAAUCAAUCAGAGAAAGCCAUUGAUCUAUUCAAGAAGAUCGAUCAUCCUGAUGCGAUCAUCACAAAUCUUCUCUUCAAUGGUUGUGCGCAACUACGAACGCCAGAAGCCUUAAAUAUCACAAAACGCGUUUCCACAAUGAUGAACAAGUCAUUUUUUGAGAAUGACUUCAUUGUCACAUCUUUACUGGAUGCAUUGAUGAAAUGUGGAGAUGUGGAAUGUGCAGAACUCAUAUUCAGUACGAUAGAAACGAAAAAGACACUCCCUAUAUGUGCAGCAAUGAUGAAAAGUUUUAUUGCUAGUAACCAAGCACAAAAGGCCAUUGAUCUAUUCAACAGGAUCGAUGGUCCUGAUGCAAUCAUCACAAAUCUUUUCUUCAAUGCUUGUGCGCAGCUACGCACGCCAGAAGCGUUAAAUUUCACAAAACGCGUCUCUACUGUUAUGAACAGGACAUUAUUUCAGGAUGAGUUCAUUAUCACAUCUUUACUGGAUGCACUGAUGAAAUGUGGAGAUGUGGAACAUGCGGAACUCAUAUUCACUACACUAGAAACGAAAAAGACGCUUCAUAUAUGUGGAGCGAUGAUGAAAGGCUAUAUUGAGAAUAAUCAAGCAGACAAAGCUGUUGACAUCUUCAGAGAAAUUAAAAAUCCUGACGAUGUUAACACAAGUCUCCUGUUCAGCGCUUGUGCUCAAUUGCGAACUCCAGAAGCUUUAGCUUUGGUAAAGACGAUUUCGAAGAGAAUGCCAGCAUCAUUUUAUUCGGAUGAUUAUGUCGCCAGUUCUCUGUUAGAUGCGUUGAUCAAAUGUAAGGACACACUCACGGCGGAGAUAGUCUUUUCGAAAAUGAAAAGAUCGAUAGUCAGUUACGGGAAUCUUAUGAAUGGAUUGAACGAUGAAAAGCAAGGGAAAAAAACAAUGCAAUUGUUUUAUCGAAUGAAACGUGAAGGUUUAGAACCGGAAACGAUUAUUUUUUUGUGCGUUAUCAAAGCUUUAGCACUCAUCGGUGAUCUUUCACUUAUCGAACCAACAAUCAACCAAAUACCUGAAUCGAUUCUUCUCGAUAGUCAGAUUCGCAAUGCUUUGAUUGAUAUGUGGGGUAAAACUGGAUGUGUAGACAAAGCACACGGGAUUUUCGAAAACACUUCUCAAAGACACGCAUUUCUAUACACAACAAUGAUCAAUUGUUAUGGUCUCAAUGGAAUGGGCAUGCAAGCUCUUGAACUGUUUUCUCAUAUGCCAAAACAGUUCAUCCAUGAAGUGACUUAUAUUUGCAUAUUGAAUGCAUGUUCACACUCUGGUCUAGUUGACGAAGCUCGCUCGAUCUUUCAAAAGAUUGAAUCGAAAACACCGACAGUAUGGACGACCAUGAUCGAUUGCCUUGCUCGUGCAUCUUUGUUCGAUGAAGCACAAGCGUUGAUCGAUGAAUUCGAACGUUCGCAUCGAGCCGCAAUAGCUAUGUACAUGGCGUUGUUGUCGGGUGCAAGAAAUGAUAAGAAUGCUCAGUUAGCACAGAAUAUCUAUGAUCGAAUGAAGACUCUGUUUCCAUCCACGAAAGAUCCGUUGACAGCAGCUGAAGUGCUUCUUGCAAACACUUAUGCAUCAUCUGGUGACAUAGGAAAGGCGGCUGAUAUUCGAAUUCAACACAUGAAAUCCGGAGUAAAGAAGAAGAUCGGUACAUCAACGACUGUAGUUGAUGGAGAAAUUUAUGAAUUUCGAGCUCAUGACAGAUCUCAUCCUCGAUCAGACGAAAUCUAUCGCGAAGUGCAGAAAUUGUCAAAAGAAUUAGUCGCACAUGGCCAUGAGUACGAUUCUAGUUGGAUAACUCGAGCGAUGGGUGAAGAUGAAAGUGUCGAAUCGGUUCUCUGUGGUCAUAGUGAGCGACUUGCGAUGGCAUGGAAUUUCUUGGCUAAUCCUCACGCGAAAAGAAUUCAAAUCACGAAGAACUUGAGAGUGUGUGGCGAUUGUCAUCGAGCAACAAAGUUGAUCGCUGCAAUUCGUCAAUGUGAAAUAAUAGUCCGAGAUGCAAAUCGAAUUCAUCACUUUCAUAAAAACGGGCAAUGUUCGUGUAACGAUUAUUUUUGA